UUACAUAUUAUUUUUUUGUAUAAUUUUCGAUUGGCUACAAUUGCGAAUUCUUUGUGUCGUCGCUGUGUUUUUUUGCACAAAAUUCAAACAUCGAAAUGGCAUAUGUCGGGGAAAUACACUGUCAAAUGAAGGAGAGUUUUCAAUAUUUCACUGUACACAGAAGACAUUCUAUUUUUGAUUUUUUUUUGUCGCCUGUCGACAACAUUUGUUGUUGUUAUUUGCGACAACAAAUACAAUUGAGAUUCAAAUUUUCGGUGUAUAUGUGCUUGACAAUUGUCGUUUGUAGCAUGUCACAACAACCGAAAUUACGACCAACGCAAUGCCGAUAUUUUCAUCAAACAGUAUCUAUUGUUCAUUUCAAAAGAGAUUCGCUCCGAAUUCAACAGAUAUAUUUGUCAUUGGCAACCGAUCACCACAUUUUCUCGUUUCAAAUAUGAAGAAAAAUCCAUUUGUGUUUGCAUUAACUAUAUUUGCAUUGUGUUCAAUAGAAAAAUCAAAGUGAACUUUGUUUUAUUUCUCAAAAUAAUUUCAAUUCAUAUAUACACCGAAAACCGAAUGACAACAACAAAAUGUGACAAACCGACCGAAAACCGAUCCGUCCAUAACGAAAUCAAAAUGUGUUGCCUGAAUUUAUGCAAACGACGACCAUCAUAAAAUUGAACCAUUUUUGACAGUUAAUUUAACUACUUGCUCGAAUGCACGAUAUAAAUACGAAACAUGGAAGUUAACGAAACAAUAGAAGAUAACAGACAACAGCCGGAUUUUUCGAGUAUACGAGGAAAAAAAACAUUGAUCAGCCCAUCACAUGAGCAAUUUGAUUUAUUGAAGAAAUUUUUGGAAAAACGAAUUGUGGACAGUUCGGGCGAAACCAUUUUUGAAAUUGGUGCCGGUGACAAUGAAGAAAAUGGACUACAAUCCGAUGAAUAUGCGGCUUCGGUGGCAACUCUUCAAUCAUUGGCAGCAACAUUGAAUGCAGACUGUGUUGAAUUGCGACAACGGCCAUCCGAUAAAGGAAUGACAGGACAGUUUUUAAUACGAAGGAGGGUCGAUCAGGAUGAUUUUAUGGAAAUACGAGUUGCUGUUGUUGGUAACGUGGACGCUGGAAAAAGUACGUUGCUUGGCGUUCUUACUCAUGGCGAAUUGGAUAAUGGCAGAGGACAUGCACGGCAACGAUUAUUUCGACACAAACAUGAAAUGGAAAGUGGCCGGACCAGUUCAGUGGGAAAUGAUAUAUUGGGAUUUGAUAGCGUGGGCAAAGUUGUUAAUAAACCCGAUCAUGGUACCUUAGACUGGGUGAAAAUUUGCGAGAAAUCAGCCAAAAUAAUAACAUUCAUCGAUUUAGCUGGUCAUGAACGAUAUUUGAAAACCACUGUAUUCGGAAUGACCGGACAUUCUCCGUCAUACACCAUGUUAAUGAUUGGUGCCAAUGCUGGUAUUGUUGGUAUGACAAAGGAGCAUCUUGGGUUGGCGCUAGCGCUUUCAGUGCCUGUAUUUGUUGUAAUAACUAAAAUCGAUAUGUGUCCGCCAAAUAUUCUUCAAGACAAUUUAAAAUUGUUGUGCAAAGUGUUGAAAUCUCAGGGAUGCCGAAAAGUACCAGUUAUGGUCCGAACACCCGACGAUGUUGUAUUGUCGGCCACAAAUUUUGUGUCGCAACGACUUUGUCCAAUAUUUCAAGUAUCCAAUGUGACUGGUGAUAAUUUGGAUUUAUUAAAAAUGUUUCUCAAUUUAUUGACCACACGAAUGGGUGGUUUGGAUAAUUUUCCGGCUGAAUUUCAAAUUGAUGACACAUAUUCGGUACCAGGUGUUGGUACUGUUGUGAGCGGUACAUGUUUGCAAGGUGUGAUACGUCUCAACGAUAAUCUAUUGCUUGGACCUGAUUUAUUAGGCCAUUUCAUACCGAUUGCCAUCAAGAGCAUUCAUCGAAAGCGAAUGAAUGUGAGCGAGGUGCGUGGUGGUCAGACGGCAAGUUUUGCAUUGAAAAAGAUCAAACGCUCUCAAAUCCGCAAAGGAAUGGUUCUCGUCUGUCCCGAAUUAAAUCCAAAAGCGGCAUGGGAAUUCGAUGGCGAGAUUGUUGUAUUGCAUCAUCCAACCACCAUAUCAAGCAAAUAUCAGGCAAUGGUGCAUUGCGGUAGCAUACGACAAACAGCAUCUAUUCUAUCCAUGUCAAAAGACAUGCUACGCACUGGUGAUAAAGCACGCGUACGCUUUCGAUUCAUAAAGCAUCCGGAAUAUCUCAGGCCAAAUCAGCGUUUGGUGUUCAGGGAAGGGCGUACAAAAGCCGUUGGCAAUGUUAUUGAGCCAAUUACAAAUACCGUGCAUCGGCCAAAUGCAAAUUUAAAACCACAAAAAAUGCACUCGAGGGGGCAUUCAAUGCAAAAUCAAAAUCAAAACCAAAAUCCAAAUGCACAACGCGAUGGAAACACAACAACAACAACAAAUACGAUGACAGCGACAGCAAACGCAGUCAAUACAAGCAAUGUUAUGAAAGACGGUGAUUUAGGUAAAAAUGCAUUGCCUAUGGACGGGGUCAUUGAAAUUGGCGUAGACAAACGUGACUUACAUCACCGUGGCCGAACGAAACGACAGAAUUAAUACCAGUUACAAUUUUCAUCAGCUAAAAUAAUAAUAAUAACAACAACAACAACAACAACCACACAUACAUUACAUUUAAAGUACCAUAGACCUUUCUUCUCGUUUAUUUUCAUAUUUGAGAAUUUGCUUCGAUUCAAAAAUAUCUACUGUUAAUGUGUAUGUGCCAGUUUUGGAAUUCGAUACAUAGAUUAAUUUCAUUUAGUCCAGAAAAAAAGAUUCAUUUUUUCAGUUUUAUUUAUGGCUAUGAAAAAAGAGAUGGCACAAAUGUGCUGGCAAUACACUCGUUGACGCUAAUUAUUUACAUACCACUUUUUUCUCUUCGUCUUUGUUUUAUGAAUAAAAAUCCAAAGCCGUAGUACGAAUGAAAAGCUGAAAAGAUGAUAUAUUUUUCGAAUGAUAUGACACAAAAGAAAAGUUCAUACAAUUUUACCAUAACAAAUGAAGCAAUGAAUUCAAAUUAAUAAAAUAGAUAUUUCAUUAUAAAUA